UGUUUUAUAUAUCGGGUGGUCUGGUGGUGCAAACGUUUUGCCAUCCUGCAGUUUUGUUCACCAAAGACAAUUGUUAUUGAAGUAGUUUCGACCUGUAUCUGAAUUAUAAUGCAACAUAUACUCUUUAUAUAUGGUCAUACGGUUAAACAGUCAUAUAUUUGUUAGGCUUGUGUGCUUUGAAGCUAAGCCUGUUGGUGGUGGUAAUGUACCACCAAGUUGUCGACCACCAAAGAUAGAAGAAGAAAACACGGAAGUGUCAAACAGCAUCAUGGAGAUGCAUGAUUGUAGCUCCAAAACAAGUCUUUAGCUUUUAUUUUGAAAGUGUAUGUAACUAUUUUGUUAUAUGCACAAUGGCGACUGACAUACCACAAUGUUCGUGUUGCACUAAUCCAGUCUCCUCUCCCAGUGUUUACCAGACGCUGAGUGAAAUGGAUUUUGAACGAGGUAUCUGGUCUGCUGCGAUGGAUGGGGACUUGGAGAGGGUCAAGUCUUUGACCCAGAAGGGCACAGACUCUAACCUGAGAGACUCUACUGGUUACACAGCUCUGGUGAGUUCUCUGGGAAUAUGUUUGUGUGCAGCAUCAAGUGUUUUAAUCCAUCUAAAAUUAUUGCAUAAUUUGUUGUGUGUUUUAUCUCAGCACUAUGCAAGUCGCAGUGGUCAUCACGCUGUUUGCAAGUUUCUUCUUGAGAGUGGUGCUUGUGCAUCUCCCCAGACACCAGGCGGUGCCACGCCACUCCAUCGAUCAGCUUACUGCGGUCAUCUGGAUGUGGUCAGACUCCUGCUUCAGCACCGAGCAGACCCAAUGCUCUGCGAUGACGACGGUUCUUCUCCUCUACAUAAGGCUGCAGAACGAAGUCAUGAAGAGGUGUGUCUGCUGCUGAUGGAGUGCUGUGCAGCGCUCUGCAGCCAGGCGAACAACAGGCUGCUGCUUCCCUUCCAGCUGGCACCCCAGGGAGACCUGCAGGAGCUCCUGAAGCCACCUCACACACUGCGUCUGCAGACAUGCCGAGAAACAAUGACUUAAGCUAAAAACAUGCUAGGUGAGGUCAGGAUUACACUCAUCUUCACCUGGAAAGACAGAGUUGUGGACGACACAAGACAUUUAAGGACAUUAUCUUGGGCUGGGAAACACUGAACGACCACCAUUCUUUUCCCCACCAUUUUCAGACUUAUUUUCUUGAAGAUAUUUUUUUGACAUUGUUGCUUUAAUUAGAUAGAAGGACAGAUGGACGAGAAAGGGAAAGCAUACUGGGACAACAUUAAAAAUGAUUCAUCAAUGAAUAUAAUCUUUAGUUUCAGCCCUUUUCUCCCUUAAACAUCAGCAAAGAGCCGCUGAACAAAACUGGGAGGAUACAACAUUAUAUUGCCAGCUUCAUACCAUAAGUAAUCUGUUUUGGAUUUCUAGUUUACAUUGUUGCAGUAAUUACACCUCCGACCUAAGCCAUAUAAACUUGUACAAAAAACAACACCACUGUCCUGCAUCUGUUACUGCUCCACUCUUAUCAAGAUGUCGUCAAAUUCAUAAUAAUUCUGUAUCAGACAUCAGCGUUAGCAUUAUUGACUGUUUUCUCUGAACAUAUGUCCUGUUUAUGUUGUAUUAAAACCGGAGGCCAA